AUGAGAUCUUUAACUUCUGUUAAAGUAUGCUUCCUGGCUUAUUGCCUUACCUUGUUGUAUGUUUCAUCACCAAAUUGGGUUGCUUUUGCUUCUAAUACUGAAGCAAAGGCUCUUCUCAAAUGGAAAGCUAGCUUAUUUCAAAACAAAGCCCUCAAUAUUCUCAACUGGCGGUACCCUCCCAGUCAUAAUGCCACCAAUUCUUCCACCAAUCCAAAAGAAAAUAUAGUCACAUGCACUUGGACCGGUGUUUCAUGCAACACAGCUGGAAGUGUUAACAAGAUAAACCUCUCCACUUGUGGUAUACAAGGUACGCUACUUGAGUUUUCAUUCUUGUCCUUCCCUAAUCUUGAAUAUCUUAACCUCAGCAUGAACAAACUCUUUGAUGUCAUCCCACCUCAAGUCAGUUACCUCUCCAAACUCCACUAUCUUGAUCUCUCUCUCAAUCAAUUGUCCGGGAGAAUCCCACCAGAAAUCGGUCUCCUAAGAAAUCUUACCUUUCUCGGUCUCUAUGAAAAUACAUUCUUUGGGGAUAUUCCCAAGGAAAUAGGUAACCUCAAAUCCCUUGUGGAGCUAUAUUUGUGUAAGAAUGAACUCAAUGGUUCAAUUCCACGAUCUCUAGGCAAUCUAACAAGCCUUACCCAUCUUUAUCUCUAUACCAAUCAACUUUCUGGUUCUAUUCCUAAGGAGAUAGGUAACAUGGAGUCUCUUGUAGAUCUAGAGUUGUGCUCCAAUACUUUAAGUGGUGUCAUCCCUCCAAAUAUUGGUCACUUAAAAAAGUUAAACACUUUGUACUUGUAUACCAAUCAACUCUCUGGUUCUAUUCCCAAAGAGAUAGGGAACCUGAAAUCUCUUGUGGAUCUACAAUUGUAUGAGAAUCAACUCAAUGGCUCAAUUCCAAGAUCACUAUGCAAUCUCACAAGCCUUACCAUUCUUUAUCUCUAUGCUACUCAACUUUAUGGCACUGUUCCCAAUGAGAUAGGUAACAUGAGGAGUCUUGUGGUUCUAGACUUGAGUGGGAAUCAACUCAAUGGUUCAAUUCCAAAAUCACUAGGUCAUCUAACUAGCCUUACCCGUCUUUAUCUCUUUGGCAAUAAACUUUCUGGCAUUAUUCCCAAUGAGAUAUGUAACCUGACGUCUCUCGUAGAUCUACAAUUGGCCUUCAACACUUUAACUGGUUUCAUCCCUCCAAAUAUUGGUAACUUGAAAAAGUUAAACACCCUGUACCUGAAUACCAAUCAACUCUCUGGUUCUAUUCCCAAAGAGAUAGGUAACAUGAAAUCUCUUGUGGGGCUAUAUUUGUAUGGGAAUAAACUCAACGGUUCAAUUCCAAGAUCACUAGGUGAUCUAACAAGCCUUACCCAUCUUUAUCUUUAUGCCAAUCAACUUUCUGGUUCUAUUCCUAAGGAGAUAGAUCACAUGAAGUCUCUUGUAGAUUUAGAGUUGUCCUCCAACACUUUAAGUGGUCUAAUCCCUCCAAAUAUUGGUAACUUGAAAAAGUUAAACACUUUGUACUUGCAUAUCAAUCAACUUUCAGGUUUAAUUCCCAAGGAAAUAGGAAAUUUGAAAUCUCUAGUGGAUCUACAGUUGCAUGAGAAUCAACUCCAUGGUUCAAUUCCUAUUUCAUUUGGUAACCUCACCAACUUGGAAAUCUUAUACUUACGGGAUAACCAACUUUCCGGCUCCAUCCCCAAAGAGAUAGAGAGUCUCAAGAAGUUGAUUGGCCUGCAAUUGGAUAGCAACCAAUUUUCCGGUUAUUUGCCCCAAAAUAUUUGCCAAGGUGGAAAACUCACAAACUUUACAGCAAGCACCAAUCAUUUAACUGGCCCAAUCCCCAAAAGCUUGAAAAAUUGUACGAGCUUAGUCAGAGUCCGUCUUAACCAGAACCAAUUGACAGGCAAUAUAUCUGAAGACUUUGGUGUUUAUCCGAAUCUUGAUUUUAUAGAUGUAAGUCACAAUAACUUGUACGGUGAAAUCUCUUACAAGUGGGGGCAGUGCCCACAAUUAAAAACUCUACGACUUGCGGGAAACAACCUUACUGGGAACAUACCACCUGAGAUUGGAAAUGGAACCCAAAUUAAGGGGCUAGAUCUUUCUUUAAAUAAUUUAGUUGGGAUGAUUCCAAAGGAAUUCUGGAGACUGACUUCUUUGGUGAAGCUGAUGUUGAAUGGAAAUCAGCUUUCGGGCCGUAUUCCCUUGGAAUUGGGAUCAUUGAUUGAUCUUGAAUAUCUUGACUUGUCAACAAACAAAUUCAAUGAGUCAAUUCCGAGCACUCUAGGUGACUUGUUCAGACUACACUACUUGAAUUUGAGCAACAAUAAGGUGGCUCAAGCAGUUCCAAUUAAGUUGGGAAAAUUAUUUCAAUUGACCGACCUGGAUUUAAGUCAUAACUCACUUGAAGGUAGGAUACCAUCAGAAAUGAGCGACAUGGAGAGUUUGGUGUCCCUCAAUCUUUCCCACAACAAUCUUUCGGGUUUCAUACCAACGAGUUUUGAAGACAUGUAUGGCUUGUUGUAUGUUGACAUAUCCUACAAUCACUUGGAAGGUCCCCUACCGAACAACAGCGCAUUUCGAAAAGCUCCUCCAGAAGCAUUAAAAGGGAACAAAGGAUUGUGUGGCAAAGUUGGAGCUCUGCCACCCUGCAAUGAACAUGGGACAAAAAAGCACCAAAAACGGGUAUUUGGAAUCACAUUCUCCCUUCUAGCAGUAUUCGUACUUCUAUCUGCUUUCUUUACAAUUGUCUUCGUGGUGCAAAGGAAGAAGAAGUAUCAGGAUAAAGAACAAAACAAUAUGCAUUCAGAAAUUUCCUUUUCAGUUUUAAAUUUUGAUGGAAAAUCAAUGUAUGAUGAAAUCAUAAGGGCAACAGCAGAUUUUGAUUCCACAUAUUGCAUUGGGAAGGGAGGACAUGGAAGCGUCUAUAGAGUGAAUUUGUCAUCUGGAGACGUAGUGGCUGUGAAGAAACUCCAUCCGCUAUGGGAUGGCGAGAUAGAAUUUCAGAAGGAGUUCUUGAAUGAAGUAAGGGCACUCACUGAGAUAAGACAUCGGAAUAUUGUGAAGCUCUAUGGUUUCUGCGCACAUAAACGACACUCGUUUGUGGUGUAUGUGUUGAAGGAAAAUGUGAUCCUCCUAAUAUAAUU